AUCCUCAACCUCUGUGUUAAAAGAAAGCAAUAAUCUUUCAUGGAGCAAAUUCUCCAAAUCUUCGACAUAAAGUGGUCCUGUAAUUAUACAUAUAAAAAAAUUCCCAUCGAGACACGAUUGUGCCAAACCAAAUUCAGCAACAUUUAAAUGAGAAGGAAAUUAUAUUAUAUUAGUUUAUAGCCUAUAGAAUGAGAGAACCAAGACAAUAUAUCGGUGGCGAGCUGGUGGGAUUUCUGGAGGGAAUCCUGGCCGCCCCACUGGUUUUCAACCGCCAUUUGCAGGCCAUUCCAUUGUGAAAGUAGCAAAGCGAUAUCCUUUUGGAGAUAAGAGACAGCCUCUGGCUUUUUUUGGACAGUAAGAUGGUUGUUUUUGCUUAUGGAUUCCAUUGUGUAACGAUAAAAUCAGUAAUGGUUCUUUUAUCAAGAGAGUUUUUUGGCAUUUCGUUCUGUUCUCUGUCUUCUCGCGAAAACCUUCUUCCCUUGCCUCCUUACACAGAAAGAAAGAGCGAUCCAGGGAAAGAGAAAGAGAAGGGAUGCUUCGCUAAUUAUCUCCUUGUUUGUUAAUGUGUGAAGAUCAAAAACCCGCAAAAAGCUGGGAAUUGAUAGAGAUUAGAGAAAGUCACGGCGAAUUCGCAGAGACCACGAGUCUUUUUCAGUUCCUGUGGCACGAAAAAAGAGCUCUUUUUUAAUCGGUCGGUACAGAACUCAAUGUACUGAAAACAACUGGGUCAUAGGUGACCAAGCCCAUCUAUCGUUUUAUUGAAGGUCUUUUAUAAAGCUUGAAGCUUUUGAACUUUGGCGCCACCAAGACAAGCCAUGACUGCAACUACACAUGCCUUCUUUCACCCCCAAUUCAAUCGCAUCACUUCUCGAAUCUGCAGUCUCAACUCGCUCCUCCCUCCUAGGUCGAGCUGUUCAUGCGCAGGCUAUGAAGAGCCUUCAAUCUCCACUGCCUCCCUUUCUCGCCAACCACCUUAUCAAUAUGUAUUCCAAACUUGACCUCCCGAAUCCCGCUCACCUCGUCCUCCAACUCACUCCAACUCGCAGCGUUGUCACCUGGACUGCUCUUAUAUCUGGCUCCGUUCAAAAUGGUCAUUUCUCAUCCGCAUUACUCCAUUUCUUUAACAUGCGCCGUGAAAAUAUUCAACCCAACGAUUUCACUUUCCCUUGCGCAUUUAAAGCGUCUGCUUUACUGCGAUCACCCUUCGUAGGAAGACAGGUUCAUGCUAUUGCGGUUAAGUUUGGGCAAAUCAAUGAUGUAUUUGUUGGUUGUAGUGCUUUUGAUAUGUAUUCGAAAACAGGGCUUAAACAUGAAGCACAGAAACUGUUUGAUGAACUCCCUGAGAGAAAUGUUGCUACAUGGAAUGCGUAUAUUUCUAAUGCGGUGCUUGACGGGAGGCACGAAAAUGCUGUCAAUGCAUUUAUAGAGUUUCGUCGGGUGGGUGGAGAGCCUGAUUCCAUAACUUUUUGCGCAUUUCUCAAUGCAUGUGUGGAUCCACAGUAUUUUGACCUUGGGAGACAGUUGCAUGGGUUUGUGAUUCGAACUGGCUUUGAAAUGGACAUGUCUGUCUCAAAUGGACUUAUUGAUUUCUACGGGAAGUGUAAAGAGGUUAGAUUGGCUGAGAUGGUAUUUGGUGAGAUGGAUAAGAGGAAUGCUGUUUCAUGGUGCUCCUUGAUGGCUGCUUUUGAGCAGAACGGAGAGAAAGAGAAGGCAUGUGUGUUGUUUUUGAAGGGUAGGAAAGAAGGAGUUGAGCCAACAAAUUAUAUGGUAUCUAGUGUUAUCAGUGCUUGUGCGGGCUUUGCAGCCCUUGAAUUGGGACGGUCAGUCCAUGCACUUGCUUUGAAAGCAUGCUUGGAGGAUGAUAUUUUUGUUGGCAGCGCCCUGGUUGACAUGUAUGGGAAAUGUGGAAGUAUUGAGGAUUGUAGGCAAGCCUUUCAAGAGAUGCCUGAGAGAAAUUUAGUUACAUGGAAUGCAAUGAUUAGUGGGUAUGCACACCAAGGACAUGCUGAUAUGGCCAUCAGAGUGUUUGAAGAAAUGACAUCUGAGGUGGCACCAAACUAUGUGACCAUGGUAUGUGUAUUGUCAGCUUGUAGCAGGGGAGGGGCAGUUGAAUUGGGCAUGGAGCUUUUUGAGUCAAUGAGGGACCGAUACAGUAUUGAACCAGGGGCGGAACAUUAUGCUUGUAUUGUGGACUUGUUAGGGCGGGCUGGAAUGGUAGAACAUGCCUAUGAGUUCGUGCAGAAAAUGCCCAUUCACCCAACAAUUGAGGUUUGGGGGGCACUUUUAAAUGCUUGCAGGGUGUAUGGGAAGCCAGAAUUGGGGAAACUUGCAGCUGAUAACUUAUUUGAACUUGAUCCUAAAGAUUCUGGCAACCAUGUUCUGCUUUCAAAUAUGUUUGCUGCUGUUGGCAGAUGGGAGGAGGCCACCCUAGUGAGAAAAGAAAUGAUGGAUGUUGGAAUCAAGAAGGGUGCAGGUUGCAGUUGGCUGACUGCAAAGAAUAGAGUUCACGUAUUCCAAGCAAAGGAUACAUCCCAUGCAAUGAACUACGAAAUACAGGCAAUGCUAGUUAAGUUAAGAAUGGAAAUGAAGGCAGCUGGCUACGUACCAGAUACAAAUUAUGCACUUUAUGAUUUAGAAGAAGAAGAGAAAAUGACAGAAGUUUGGUACCACAGUGAGAAAAUAGCCCUUGCUUUUGGCCUUAUAGCUAUCCCUCCUGGAGUGCCUAUAAGAAUCACCAAAAACCUUAGGAUCUGCGGUGAUUGUCACACCGCCUUUAAAUUUAUCUCAGGCAUUGUUGGCAGGGAAAUUAUUGUCCGGGAUAACAGUCGAUUUCAUCACUUCCAGAGUAGCAAGUGUUCUUGCAGAGAUUAUUGGUGAUGAUUUGAAUGAAUCACAAACAGUUUUAGAAUUUAAUUAUCAUUUAAUAUAACUUUUUUUUAACCGAA